GCUGUCUGUCUUUCAGCUCCACAGGUGGUCGCUGGUCUGUUUGUCUGAAAAAAUUGUUUUCCAUUUCAAAGAUCAGAGACUAUGGGACAGUGGAGUUUUCUGUCUUCUCUGCUGGACAAGGUCCAGUCCCAGUCCACUGUCAUCGGGAAGGUCUGGCUCACCGUGCUGUUCAUCUUCAGGAUCAUGGUUCUUGGAGCUGGAGUAGAGAAGGUCUGGAGUGAUGAACAGUCCAAAAUGGUCUGUAAUACCAAACAGCCUGGUUGCAAGAACGUCUGCUAUGACCACGCCUUUCCAAUCUCACACAUUCGAUUCUGGGUGCUCCAGAUUAUCUUUGUCUCAGCACCGACGCUGCUCUAUCUCGGCCAUGUCUUUCAUGUCCUCCACGAAGAGAAAAAGCUGAGGGAAUACAACCAGACACACUCAGAGACUGAAAUCACCAAAAUUCCCAAGUACUCUGAUGAAAAAGGCCAUGUCAAGAUUAAAGGCAACCUGCUAGGAAGCUACAUGACCUCCAUAAUUUUCAGAAUCAUUCUGGAGAUAGCAUUCAUUGUGGGGCAGUAUUACCUGUACGGGUUCAUCAUGGACCCAAGAAUCGUCUGCUCCCGACCUCCAUGUCCCUUUACGGUAGAGUGCUUCAUGUCUCGGCCCACUGAGAAGACCAUCUUCAUCAUCUUCAUGCUUGUAGUGUCCUGUGUUUCUCUUCUAUUCAACGUAGCAGAGAUCAUCUACCUGGUGUGUUCUCGCUCAUCCAGACGAAGGUCUAAGACUGUGCCAGCUGCUACUAUUGCCAUUCACCCACAUUUCUACAGUGAACUGAUGAAAAAUGAGAAGCUUAGCCCCCAUGAUGCCAGUCACAGCACAGCCUGAGGAACUCCAUUUAGAUCCAGUGUGGAAAAUCUUAACAGUCACAUAGUUUUCGAGUGACUAUAGUGCUACAUUCAGAACAGACCAUGGCCAUACUAAGAACUAUUUAUUUAUGUGACAUUUAAAAAAUAAAAUGUGGAGACAUACUGUAUAUGAAGUCUAUUUUAGCCAUUUUGCUUUGGCCUGUAUAUGAAGUCUAUUUUAGCCAUUUUGCUUUGGCCUGUGAAUACAUGGGCUGCAGGUCAGAGGGACCUG